UUGUGUUUGUCCCCCUCCAAACCUCCAACCCUCUAAAAUGCCUGCUGAUUUCGCCUGAGCACAAGAACUUCCUCACCCUAAACCUCGAAUCCUUUCACUUUUUUUUAGAUCCAAACAGCACUAUGUCAAGGGAGGAUUGAAAAUGGAUUGAUGGGUUUUAUUCAUUUGUUGGGUUUUUGGGGUUUGUGGAUUGGUGGUUGAGGUGGGAUCUUUUGGCACAUUCUAGGGUUUGUGCUGUUCUUUCUGUUCAUAGAUAGGGAUUUUAGGGUUUUGAGAUUGGGAUUUUGGAAGUUGAAUUGAUGAAUUAGGUGGAGGUUGUUGAAUGGGGAUUCAGACUAUGGGGUCUCAAGGUGGUGGUGGUGGCGGCGGCGGCGGCGGUGGUACUGGUAAUGGUAAACAAUCUCAAUUUCAGCCAUUGGCACGGCAAAACUCAAUGUAUAGUUUAACACUUGAUGAGGUUCAAAAUCAGUUAGGAGACUUGGGGAAACCGCUGACUAGUAUGAACCUUGAUGAGCUUCUCAAGAAUGUGUGGACGGUUGAGGCUAAUAAUUCUGUGGGUAUGGAUGCUGAGGGUGCAGGUUUGAGUAACCAAUCUGCUCUGCAACGAGAGCCUAGCCUGUCAUUGACAGGUGCUCUUAGCAAGAAGACAGUUGAUGAGGUCUGGCGAGAUAUACAAGGGCAUGGCAAGAACAGUGAAGAGAAGAAAUCUCGGGAGAGGCAGCCUACUUUGGGGGAGAUGACUUUGGAGGAUUUCCUGGUAAAGGCGGGAGUUGUCGCUGAACCAUCAGAUAAAAAGAUUGCUGGUACUGUUAUUGGGGUUGAUCCUAAUGUAGGGCCACAAUUCCCACAGCAGGGUCAGUGGAUGCAGUACCCACAACCACAAUUUCCGCAUCCACAACAGAAUAUGAUAGGGGUUUAUAUGCCAGGCCAGCCAAUGCCGCAGCCACUACCCAUGGGACCUAGCUCUGUCAUGGAUGUGACAUAUCCUGACAACCAAGUGGCCUUAUCUUCUCCAUUGAUGGGGGCUUUAUCAGAUACACAGGCACCCGGGAGGAAAAGAGUUUCCCAAGAGGAUAUGAUUGAGAAAACUGUUGAGAGGAGACAGAAGAGGAUGAUCAAGAAUCGGGAAUCUGCUGCCCGUUCAAGGGCCAGGAAGCAGGCUUACACAAAUGAACUGGAGAACAAAGUUUCACGUCUGGAAGAGGAAAAUGAAAGGCUAAGGAAACGAAAGGAGCUGGAGAAGAUGCUGCCAAGUGCACCACCCCCGGAACCCAAAUACCAGCUUCGCAGAACGAGUUCAGCCCCAUUCUGACAUUAUGUACCUAUUAGUAGCAGUUUUGUAGAUAUGAUGCAUAUGGGGUGCUUCUUGUCUAAAGUUUGCUCUAAGUUGCCUUACCUAUUUAAUUAUUAAAAAAAAAAAAAAAAAGGUUUGCUCUAAGGUGGAUGGUGGUAUAAGGUGCAAUCUCUGGGUCUCCUGGGACUAGCCCGGCGAUGGUGGCUUCUGGUGGGGAUGGUGUUUUCUUCCCCUUGGCUUGAGGUUUCGCCUCUAUCUUCAUUUAUAUGGAAUGAGUUGAACUAGAAAUUCAGAUGGGACCAUUUUACAUUUCCUAUUGUCUCUUAAGAUUUGCCUCCAAAUUCGUAGUUUUGAGUUUCUACAAAUGUUUAAUAUAUAGCCUGUUCUCUGUGCCUCUGAACCUCUCAAAUCUUUUUGACUUAAAAAAAGUUCAUGUGCUCUCGAUUCUCCAUUUUGCUUGAGGGUGGUGGUGAUGAGGAUUGGCUAAGAUUGUAUUCAGUUGAAAUUAGAUCUUAACUGUUAGCUGCUUCUUCUGAGUUGGGCCUUGUUGGGGGUGUCUAGGUUCUCUCAGGAAGUAGCAUGCACCUCUUGUUGGGCGUGAAUUUGCAUUGAAAAAAUCAUGGUUGAGAAUAAGUGCAGUAGAGCAAAAUAAGACAUUGUUCUGUUUUCAUUUUUCCUAAGGAAGACGCCCAUGUGUAUUAUGAAUGGGGACUAGUAGUCGUUUCUUUAAAGUGUGUGUUGUAAGAGUCAAUGUGCAUCUCUAGCUUCUUAUGUAAAAACCUCUGUCGAUGGGACGGACCAAAGCAAAUGAAAAAUAUGUUUUUAUUUUUA